AUGAACUUGUUGGCGUCCUUGAGCUGCAAAGGCGAAACCCAUCUUGUGGUUGGGGGCAACUCCAACAUCGCGGCGCUCCGAAUCAAUCUGAUUCUCGACAGCGGAGCAAAAGCGCUUCUUGUGCAUGAUGCCGAGUUCGAGUCGUUUCCGCUCUCGCUUCAAGACCAUAUAGAAGGCAAGCGAGUGCUGUGGAUUCGGAAAAAGUACUCCUCGGAGCUCCUCACGACAUUGGGCAGAGACGAAGUUGAAAACGUUGUGGACAGAGUAUUUGUCACUUUGGACUUGAGCCAGGCGGCUCUCAAACAGCAAAUUUCCGUCGAGUGCCGGCGUCUCCGCAUCCCCGUGAACGUGUCUGACUCUGCAGAAUUGUCGACGUUCACUUUGCUUUCCACCUACACAGCAGGCGAUUUCCAAUUGGGAGUGACCACUUCGGGCAAAGGAUGCAAGUUGGCGGCACGUCUCCGGCGGGAGUUGGUUUCGGCCCUUCCGCCCAACAUUGCAGACAUCUGUCGGCGUGUUGGGGAACUUCGAACAGCCAUCCAGCAACACGAUUCUGAAGUCGGCGGGCACGAUGAAGAUGCUGUUAAUUCGGUGAAGCUUAAUGCGUUGGUCGAGGAGUUCAACACAACAGAAGAGCAGAGAGCCACACAGAGAGGCCGCUGGCUUUCUCAGAUUGUCGAGUACUACCCAUUAAGCAAACUUGCGGACAUUCUGGUGGAUGAUCUUGUGCAGAAUUAUGCACAAAACAGCGAUGUUGGCAAGAAGCAGUUAACAGGAAAGAACAUCGGAGGCUCCAUAUCUCUAGUGGGCGCAGGACCGGGGUCAGUGGAGAUGUUGACGUUAGGAGCGCUCCAGGAAAUUCAUUCCGCUGAUUUGAUUCUUGCUGAUAAGCUAGUUCCUCAACAGGUGCUUGACCUCAUUCCAAAGAAAAAGACAAAGCUCUUCAUUGCACGCAAGUUCCCCGGAAACGCCGAAAGAGCGCAACAGGAGCUUUUAGAGUUGGGCUUACAAAGUCUAGAACGAGGAGAGAAAGUUGUUCGCCUCAAGCAGGGCGACCCAUACAUUUUCGGCCGUGGAGGCGAGGAGUACGCUUUUUUCUCCCAACAUGGCUACACGCCAACUGUCCUUCCAGGAAUCACGUCUGCUUUGGCCGCCCCUGUCUAUACAAAUAUUCCAGCGACCCAUCGUGACGUGGCGGACCAGGUUCUUAUAUGCACCGGCACUGGACGCAGAGGAGCUUUACCUAAUUUGCCCGAAUUCGUGCGUUCGAGAACGACAGUUUUCCUUAUGGCAUUGCAUCGCAUCACAGAGUUGAUUCCUCAGCUCAUACAGGAGAAGAAAUGGGACGCUGACUUGCCCGUUGCCAUUGUGGAAAGAGCCUCGUGUCCAGACCAAAGAGUUAUUAGAACUACGUUGGGCAAAACUGCAGCAGCAGUGGAGGCUUUGGGCUCUCGGCCUCCAGGGCUUUUUAUUGCCGGUUACGCAUGCGAGGUUUUAUCCAAGAAGUCCGAAGCGGACUGGGAGGUCGAAGAGGGGCACCAGGCAAGUGGCGUGGGCGGCAUCUUGCAAAGGUUGGCCGCAGAUGAUGUAGAAACAGCAUAG